GCGGGGCCGAGCUGGGCGCUCGCCUCAGUGGGAGAGGGAGAGCGGCGGCGUUGCUUCUCAGUCGCUGACAAGAGCCGUAGCUGUGAGGACGCCACCGCCGCCGAAGCCUGUGCUGUUGGCGGAGGAAGGACCACGGCUCCGCCGCUCCCUUUCCCCGGCCUCGCAACUCCGACAUGGCGGCUAGUGAUUCGGAGCGAGAGACAGUAGCCCCUGAGAAAUCAUCCCCUGAUAGAGAGAAGAAAAAAGAACGCUCAGAUGCAUCCAGUUCUCCUAGACCUUCAAAACAUUAUUCGAGGUCACGAUCACGAUCAAGAGAAAGAAAGCGGAAGUCAGAUAACGAUGGGAAAAAAUACAGAAGCCGGAGCAGAAGCAAAGAGAACCAACUUCUUCUUAAAACAGGCAAGAAGACAUGGGUCCAAAGAGAAGUCCAAGAAGCACAAAUCAGAAGACCACGACAAAGAGCACUCUUCUGACAAAGGGCGAGAGAGCCUGAGCACUUCUGAAAAUGGAGAGGAUCGGCAUAAGCGUAAGGAGAGGAAAUCCUCAAGGGGACGGAGUCAUUCAAGGUCUCGGUCUCGUGAGAGGCGUCAUCGCAGCAGAAGCCGUGAGAGAAAAAAGUCUCGAUCCCGGAGCAGGGAGAAAAAGCGACGCGUGAGAUCGCGUUCUAGAUCGAGAUCUAGACACAGGCAUAGAAGCCGCAGCAAGAGCAGAACACGGAGCAGAAGCAGGGAGAGGAAGAAGAGACCCGAGAAACCUCGAAGAUUCAGCAGAAGUCACAGCCGAACCCCGAGCCCCCCACCUUUUAGGGGCCGAAAUACAGCAAUGGAUGCACAGGAAGCAUUGGCCAGAAGGUUGGAAAGAGCCAAAAAACUACAAGAACAGAGAGAGAAAGAGCUGGUUGAAAAACAGAAACAACAAGAAAUGGCUGCGGCGGCAGCUGCCACUGGAGGCUCUGUCAUCAAUGUGCCGGCUCUUUUGGCCUCCGGAACCCAAGUCACUCCUCAGAUCGCAAUGGCAGCUCAAAUGGCAGCUCUGCAAGCAAAGACCUUGGCCGAGACAGGAAUAGCAGUACCCAGUUAUUACAAUCCGGCAGCUGUGAAUCCCAUGAAGUUUGCUGAACAGGAAAAGAAGCGGAAGAUGCUGUGGCAAGGCAAAAAAGAAGGGGAUAAAUCCCAAUCUGCAGAGAUCUGGGAGAAGCUGAACUUUGGAAAUAAGGACCAAAAUGUCAAAUUUAGAAAACUAAUGGGGAUAAAGAGUGAAGAGGAAGCUAGUGGCAGUAGUUCAGUUGAUGAAGAAAGCUAUAAGACUUUGAAGCAGCAGGAAGAAGUUUUCAGAAACCUAGAUGCACAGUAUGAAAUGGCAAGGUCACAAACGCACACCCAAAGAGGCAUGGGAUUGGGCUUUACGUCUUCAAUGAGAGGGAUGGAUGCUGUUUGAGCGAUUGCGAGCUUAAAUCCUGGGACUUUCUCAAACCUUCGACUCAGCUGUUGGAUCCUUUGUCACCAAAAGCUAGCCGCCUAGCUUGCAUGGGUGUUGCAUCGACUUUAAUUUAUUGACAUUACAUUUUUUUCUUGUAAAUAUCAGAUAAGUGAUAACUGGUGUUCCGUGUUGUAAUCGGGUUAUACUCACGUCCAUUAUACUUGACAGAAUUCUAGGACACGUGUCGUUCUCUGCUUUCGAGACAGAACAGGUAAGGGGUCAACUCAUCCAUGGAUAUUUUGUGUCCACCGUCUUGUGUACUUUUGUACUUUAAUCCUGUACAGUUCUUUUCAACUUUUUGGAACAUAAAAACACAUUGUGUAAGUGUUAACUCCAGCAGACUGGGCCAAGUGAGUACAUAAUGCAGAGCAAACCUGGUUAAUAAAAAUGUUUUCUUUUCUCAUA